GCAGAGACAUCUGUGGCUUCAAGCCUGUACGAUUCCGGUCGCUCAGACGUCUCUGACUAUCCCAGCGCAAAUGCCAUCGAGAUCCCCUUACGCGGAGGGGAUGAGGUGAUUGAGUUGGACAUUAACCAGCUGCCAGAGGGCGAUGAGGUGAUCAAUAUCCUUACCCAAGAAACAGCACCCUUGCCCGUAUGGAUCAACGUUGCUCUCGCUUAUUACAAGAAGAAGCUUUUUGACGAUUUUGAGAAGGUGUUGGAAGACGCUCGUAAAAAUGUGGCCAACCUGCAGACCAAUAAUGAGAAUGACCUGGUUCAGCUUUUUGAUAUGCUUGCCAACUACUGCGGUCGCAAGGCCUCCAAAGAGAAGAACAAGGAGAAGCGGAACCAGCUCAUUGAACGUGCAACUGCCCUUUUUACGUCGGCAGAUAGGAUCGCUAUGUAUGACCAAAAGCAUCUUCUCGGUCGGGCCUUCUACUUCAUAUAUGAGGGUGAAAACUGGAGCCAGGCAGACAGCCAGCUUAACUUUGUACUUAACCAGGGAUCACCCAGUGUGCCGGCCUAUUUGGGCAAGGCCUGCAUCGCCUUCAAUAAACAGGAGUAUCGCAACGCCCUUGGUUUCUACCGAAAGGCCCUUCGCCUGCAGCCCAACUGUCCGGCGUCCGUGCGUCUGGGCAUCGGUCAUUGUUUUGCCCGUCUUGGAAACCUGGAGAAGGCCCGAAUGGCUUUCCAAAGGGCCCUUGACCUGGACCCAGACAGUGUCAAAGCCCUAGUUGGACUGGCUAUCCUUGAUCUCAACGAGAAAACGCAGGAGUCCAUCAAACAGGGUGUGCAGAGGCUGUCGCGGGCCUACAAUCUGGAUCCUACCAAUUCUAUGGUUCUGAAUCAUCUGGCUGAUCACUUUUUCUACAAGAAGGAGUAUGCCAAGGUGCAUUGUCUGGCCUCACAUGCCUUCUAUGAAACUGAAAAUGAGGCUAUUCGUGCAGAAAGUAGCUACCAGAUGGCCCGUGCUUUCCACAUGGAGGGUGACUACGACAAAGCCUUCCAGUAUUACUAUCUGGCAACCCAGUUUGCUUCGCCAACUUUCCUCUUGCCCUUUUACGGUCUCGGACAGAUGUAUCUGCAUCGUAAUGACCUGGAACAUGCCUACCCCAAUAAUUACGAGACCCUGAAGAUCCUCGGCAGCCUAUACGCACAGUCGAACAAACUGGACAAGAGGGCUCAAGCCAAACAGCUCUUCAAACAGGUGAUAUUAUUUUUAUAG